UUGGAUCAGGCCACUGCUCGCUUAGUUCUGCGCAUGCGCAGUGUAACCCGGGCCCUGGGUAGAGCAGCUAUUGAUUUGUGGUCCAUGUGCGCUCUGGUUAACUCACAUGGCUGAACCGGUCUAUGGCUGAUAAACUGCUGACUCAAGCCGGGUGGGCAACGAGUAGAGCUGAAAUCUCUUCAUAAAUGUUUUAGGUAUGGUGAGUCACCACUUACAGUUAUUAAAGUCCAUGCCAGGAGAGAGUACAAUGGCACUUCAUGGCUUCCAUUGGCGCUGAGGACUUCAGAAAGGGGGCAUCACAGCCAACCCUGAGUGUCCAAGCAAAAUCUGCAAUUGUGCAUUUGUCCAGAACUCGUGCAUCUUCUGCUCCUGUUGAAAGUAAAUGGCAUCAACCUUCAUCCUUUGGUGACUCCUUACCUCGGCCUCAUGUGAAAGUGCCGUAUGAGCGGCCCCAUAAUUUCUCAGGGAUAUCUUCACAGCGUGCCUCUCCAUCAGUGCCUGCGGGGGUUGUACGUGCCAAAAGCACAGGUGCUCGUCCUUCUAGCAGCAGCAGUAGUAGGGAUACAAGACCGCAUAGUGCUGUGUCAAAAAGCUCAGUAAAUGUUGGUGGUUCUUCUGUUGUAUGUCAAAGCACUUAUCCUCUGGAGCCAGUUAUCCAUGCUCAUCAGUCACACAGGCACCUGAGCCCUCUCAGGUUAAAGUCCAGACUUUUAGGAAAAAGAGCUUUUGUACCUCCACUCUCAAUUUAUCCUCCUUGUCCUUCACCACCCAAGACAUCCUCUCACAAAGUAUCUGUGAUAGUUGAGAAAACUAUGCCUGCAAAUCAGUCUUACCCGUGGUCUAGAGGUAAGCUCCGAAGCAACAGCAAUGGGGUUAUACGGUCCUCCACUGCCAAGGUGCCUAUAAUUCCCCGGCUAGAGACAAAACAUUUGAAAAAGUCUAGUGCUUUGGUUUCUGCUAAAGCAGACACAAUAAAAAACAGCCAAACAGUAGUGCCUUUAGAGGAUAAAUACACAGAUGUGCCUCCAAACCAUAUUUCAGACUUCUCUGAGUAUGACAAGCUUGUGGCUGAGGAUGCUAAAGAGAAUGAGCAUAUAGUGGAAUGCUGUGUGGGGCAUGGAGCCAGUGAAGCACCUCAAAGAAUGAGGAAGGCCAGCUCUGAGGUAGAGUUUACACCAGCUGUACGAAAGCUCACUAAAAACAUAUCACUUGUGAACAACAGGACACUAAAUGGUCUGAGUGGAUCGCUGACAGCCAACUUUGAUUCUCAGAGUAACAGGAGAGAAGUAAGGACUGAUGCCAAUUCUGCAACACAAGCCUCUGCAGUUUGCCUUCUUAACGGGAGUGAAGAGUUUUACAUGGACACACAUCCUUCCGAUGCCCUUUGCCUAGAUGAAAAUUCUCCUAGUGACGGAAUGAAUCAGGACAGUACAUGUGCCAUUUCAGAGGACAUUGUGUGCAUAAUGGACUCUCCUCAGUCUCCCACUGUUUACUCAGUAAUGAACCAGAUCUCUGCCAUACAUCUUACAAAGGACUGCUGUCGGCACACUUCAGAAGAGGACCCAAGCCAGUGCCCUUUGACUGUUGAUGAUGGUCUUCCUGAUGUCAUGGGUCAGGUGAAUGUUGGUGUGUUGCGGGACGUUGAUUCAGAUGAGCUUGCAGAUGAGUUGGAGAAUGUCUGCAGUGACAAUGAUGAUGGAUCAGAAUCCGAUGCCUCUUUAGCACCCUCUAUGGCAUCAUCAUCAAAUAUUGAUGAGCCUAUGAGGUGUGAGUUGGAGGAUGCUCAGGAGGUGAAGCCAGCACUGGUUCCAAGCCUGUUCCCCUUUAUGCCCCCUACAUUAUACUUUAGUAGAGCCAAUGAAACAGUGGAACUGCUUCCUCUUGAGCAGAGGAGUCUUCUGAAAUGGAAAAUAAGUAGUGUCACUCCUAACAUUGUCAGGCAGACAGUCACUAGAUCACAUUUCAAAGUCACCAAGAAGAGUCAUGACUGGCUCGGCUGCUGGGGUCAUCAUAUGAAGUCAGCUAUGUUCAAUGCCAUACGAGAGUACCAGAAGCUGAAUCAUUUUCCGGGUUCCUUUCAGAUUGGACGGAAAGACCGUCUGUGGCGGAACCUGUCCAAGAUGCAGACACGGUUUGGCAAGCGUGAGUUUGGCUUUUUCCCACGUUCAUUUGUGCUCCCGCAGGACAUGAAACUGCUGAAGAAGGCAUGGGAGGAUGGAGGGUGUCGGCAAAAAUGGAUCAUCAAACCGCCUGCUUCAGCCCGGGGAAUUGGUAUUCAGGUUAUUCACAAGUGGAGUCAAAUACCACGCAAGAGACCUCUCCUUGUACAGAGAUACCUUCACAAGCCCUACCUCAUUAGUGGGAAUAAAUUUGAUCUGCGUAUCUAUGUAUACGUGACCUCUUAUGACCCACUCCGUGUUUACAUCUUUAAUGAUGGACUUGUCCGCUUCGCAAGCUGCAAAUAUUCCUCUUCAAUGAAAAGCCUUGACAACAAAUUCAUGCACUUGACAAACUACAGUGUGAACAAGAAGAACUCUGAGUAUCAGGCCAACAGUGAUGACAAGGCCUGCCAGGGCCAUAAAUGGGCACUGAAGGCACUAUGGCAAUAUCUGGACUCGAAAGGAAUCAUCACCUCUCUUAUCUGGGAGAAGAUUAAGGAUAUGGUCAUUAAAACCAUCAUUGCGUCCGAUCCAUAUGUAAACAAAUUGGUAAAGAAAAAUGUGCGAUCCCCAUACAGCUGUCACGAGCUGUUUGGGUUUGAUAUCAUGCUGGAUGAAAACCUGAAGCCAUGGGUUCUCGAAGUCAACAUCUCUCCCAGCUUACACUCCAACAGCCCGCUGGAUGUUAGUAUUAAGGGCCAAAUGAUCCGUGAUGUGCUGAAUUUAGCUGGUUUUGUGUUGCCUAAGAAAGAAGACAUUAUCAGCUCCAGCAGCAGUGGCAGCAGCUCCUCCAGCAGUUUGAAUGAAGGAGCACAAGAGCGACCAAGAUCAGACCUCUACCCUGAUGAGAAACUGAAAAGAGCUUUCUAUCUCACCCAGAAGUUUGAAGACCAGGAUUUCUGUUCAACAAUUUUGGAAGUAUUAACCCCUGAUGAUGUGCGUGUUCUGGCUGAGAGUGAGGAUGAGAUGAGUCGUCUGGGAGACUUUGAACGCGUCUUUCCUUCCCCUGCCUCCUUCCGUUACCUCCGUUUCUUUGAGCAUCCUCGCUACCUCAAUAUCCUCCUUAACCAUUGGGAACAGAAAUACUAUCUAAACCGAAGAGAAGGUAUUGAACUGCUGAGAAAUCUCUGUCAGAAAAGAGUACACUUGGGGAACCUUGCUGACUCGACACAUAAUUGGUCAUCAAAAUCCAACCCUGGACACCAAUCAGACCUCCAGUGCACCAAGACAGUGCUUACAAAAUCAAGUGCAACGGUGAGUCAGUGUGUAAGCUCCCAGCUGGAUGAAGAUGACGAUGAUGAGUGGUCUGAUCAUGAUGUUCAGUCAGUGACCUCCAGUAUUCCAGACAUUAGUCUGAAGGGAUAAUCGAGCCCAAACUGAAAUGUGUCCAACGCCAGUCUGCCUCACUGUACCUGUGAGACAAGUCAUGUAAUCUAAGACAAGUGAGGGCUUCACCCAGGGCUUCCAAACAAUGCACAGAAGCAUGAAUACUUGCACAUUUGCAGAGCCUGGUAGAGGGUGUUGGGGUUUGUGAAUUAUCAGAAGGUCCUACAAACAAUUUUUAUUUUUACAUAUUUCUCUCCCUUCAGAUUUGUUAAUUAGGUUUUUGCCCCCUCAUGAAGUCGGGUUCAUAGUUGGCUGACUACACUGCUGACUGUUUUAAUCACAUAUCUAUUUCACCAUUUCUAAGACUAAAGGUACGCUUUUGAAGAACUGACUAGUAGACAUGUUUGAAGCACAAAGAUCGAUAUGUGUAUGCGUCGUUUAUAUAUGCAAGCUUUUCUUCUGGUGAAAGGAGCUGUUCUGGAGUCAGGCCUAUGUGCAUGAGCCAAUCAGGUUCCUUUCUUGGUUUGUUUACAUUUUGGAAAGGACCACCAGGGUCAAUACUACUUAGAACUGACAAGCAAAUUUUGGAAAAGAGAGUUCUUGUUAAUUGUAUUAACAGUAAUAAUAAUACUUAAUUAAUUUAUAAAUUAAUUUCUUUCAUUUUAUCUUUGGUAAAUAAAUAUCUGGUGUAGGAUUUUCACAUUAAAAGUAUUUGAAAUAAAUCGCUUGGCAAAUUA